AUGGCGGCCGUCAAUCAGAAUAUGUUUGAUGCUACCAUUGCCAUCGAUCGACCCCGUGGCGCGUCGUUGAUGGUACUGCCGCUGAACCUGAUCGCCCAAAUCGUCACAUAUGUCGAAGAUACAGGCGACGUCGCCCGGUUAUGCCGAACAUGUCGUGUUCUCAAUUAUAUGGCGCUGCCUCAGCUCUAUCGGAGUCUAACACUCACGUCCUACGACAAAAUCCGUUAUCGCGACGAUCAACCCGAAGGAGUCGGAAGUGCGAGCCCGUUCACUAUGGGACUCAACGCGGUGAUAACUCGACCAUAUGCGACGCUUGUGCGAUCAAUUACAUUGCGCGGGGACUGGAAGGGACAUGAUUUGGAAGAACAUGCUCUGGUUGGCCGCGUGCCUGACUCGUCGAUGUUACUGAAUAUUGCGGUCCGGGCGGCGCUGGAUCGCAUGACAAGUUUAGAAAGCUUCUCCUGGGACCUUAACACCAAGAUGCUCGAUACCGUCUACACUGGACUUACACAACUUUCUCGACUUCAUAAUUUAACGAUACGAUUCCCCUCCACCCGUCACCCACAACCCACCAAUGUGCUGCCCCCUAUGCCGCAUCUCCGCACCUUAAAAAUCACCAAUAUCGAUCCUCUUUGUUACCCGGAUGAUAUUUCGACGCUUCUAUGGAAAAGCAAAAAAUUGCGCGAACUAGUGCUCCAUUGGUCACCCCGUAUGCGUAUUGCGCAAGAACCGAGUGUUUCCCUGUCCAGUUACUUCCGGAAAAGCAUCGCGGCGAAGCAACCGCUUCCACUAAAGAAGCUCAGUUUCCAUAAUUUAUAUGCCUUCCAUAGCGACGAAUUCACUUUCGCGUUUGAUCCGUCCACUGUGGAAGACGUCACAUUCCUGUCUGGGACGGAUAAUUCCAGCUUGAUGAAUACAUUCGUGGAACAAAGCUGGCCGACGAUGCCGCCUCACAAAACAUUCAAACUCAAGUCUAUUCGUAUGGACGUUGUAUCAAAAAGAAAUGCAGAGUUCAUGGGAAACUUCAAAGGACUCGAGCGAAUAUACUUUGUUAACGUCACCUCUGAUAACCCGGAUUGCCUCAACUCUGCUCGACUCACAAAUCCGUCCGCUUCAUCCGCAGUCACACCUCCCGUAUUCGAGUCCCCUCGUGGUGCUCCUAAUGGCACAACAGCUCAAUCCCCAGCCACCAUGCCUUCUCCAGCCACCCAAACGAAUUUGAUUUUGGGCGGACGAGAUAGCUACCUGUCGAAUAUUUCUAUGAAUCAUGGCGCAUCACUGCGCCACCUGCUACUCUCCGCGAAAUGGCCUUUAUCUACCGCUAUGGUUGCCCGUCUUGUUCAUGCUUGCCCGAAUCUGGAGCAAUUGGGUCUGGCAACGGACUUUUCAAGCAUGGAAUCGGUCGGAAUGCUAGUCCCUUUCCUGCGGAAACUGCGAGCACUCCGAUUUAUGAUCCCUGCUGGGCCGCCGCCUCCUCAGACUGGUCCAUCUCGGGGGUCUCAUAAUAGCCCGGCAGACCCUGAGCACCCCUUUUGGAAAGCCAGAUAUGUUCACUCCAAAGCCUUUUCCCCCUCCGCAAAAUGUAUCAAAUUCUCCCCAGAAAUCGAGGAACGCAUCAAUAGUGCACGCAGCCUAGCGGAUAUUGUGGAUAUCGAUGACGAUGUACUCUAUGAAAUGAUGAGUUAUGACUUGGCCGAUAAGCAAGUCUUCAGCAAGCUCAAGAUUGUUGGAAUGGGUUGGAAAGUCUUCGAACUGCGAGACUUUUACAAGGCCCCGAUUCCCAAUUAUGAUGAGGAAUCAGAAACCCCUAUCGCCGGGACGUCGGAUGAGAAACUCCAGAACGGCAGUCUUCCCAAUGGCACAGAUCCGGUCUUGGAUUCAAAGCCUACCUCCACUACCCUCUAUUCUGAAACUGACGCCACGCGUGCCCCUUUCGCACCUAAGGUCCCCCCGCCUUCAACAUUAGGAAAGCGCACAAGAAACGACGAAGACAGUGGAUAUGGGGACGGACAGUCAUCACGACAUCCAUCUGAAUUCCGUGAACUGCCGCCCCAAUCACAAUCAUGUGCCAGUAUACCAAAUAUAACCGACGACGGUCAAAUCUGGAGACGCGAUAUCCGUCGAUUAGACUGGAACGUGGUGAAAAAUUGGGAGAUCUGGGCGCUGGACUCGCAAGAGAUCUGA